GAAGGACUCCUCUCACCCUGUACCGAGGCUGCAAUAGGAGAUCUAAAACCUCUACUAUCCCUGUGGGAAUAUGUACAACCAUCCACCUCUCCAGGACAAAGGAUGUCAGAACUGAUACAGAGUCUGGAACAAUGCCAACCCCAGAGAGAGGCUGUCUGGAAUGUCUUUUACCUUGUUGUUUUUUAUUAUCACGGGACACAAACAAACAAAGAAGAAGAUGUUAUCAGAUAUGUUUGUUUGGAUGAAAGGGAGAAACCCAGAGGGCUUUCCUUCUGACCAGGCUCUUCUCUACACUAUGAGCUGAUUGACCCCUCUCUGCCCCCCCUCCACCCCUCCACCCCCCCCACACAAAUCCUCCCUCCCCACCACCACCUCCCUCCCACCGACGAUGGAUCUUACGAAUGACACCACGGUCAUCACAGACAGCGACUUAUUGGAUGACUCCUCAACCCGCAUCCUGACUGGCUGUUUCCUCUCGCUGCUCAUCCUCUCCACGUUGCUCGGCAACGUCCUUGUGUGUGCCGCCGUCACCAAGUGCCGUCAACUGCGUUCCAAAGUCACCAACUUCUUUGUGAUCUCGUUGGCCGUCUCCGACCUCCUGGUCGCUAUCCUGGUGAUGCCGUGGAAGGCCGUGACAGAGGUCGCAGGUUUCUGGCCGUUUGGCUCGUUCUGCGACACUUGGGUGGCGUUCGACAUCAUGUGCUCCACGGCAUCCAUCUUGAACCUGUGUGUGAUCAGCGUGGACCGUUACUGGGCAAUAUCCAGCCCGUUCCGCUAUGAGAGGAACAUGACUCCUAAAGUGGCGUUUGUGAUGAUCAGCGUGGCCUGGACGCUCUCCGUCCUCAUCUCCUUCAUCCCCGUCCAACUCAGCUGGCACAAAGCCCAGACCUUUACCUCUACCUCCAUCACUACCUCCACAACCACCCCCUACGGCCUCCAGGCCCCCCCAGACUCCUCUAACCCUGUUGGGGAUAACAACACACAUCAGGCGCCCCGGGACUGGGACAACUGUCACUUCAGCUUGAACCGGACCUACGCCAUCUCUACCUCUCUGAUCAGCUUCUAUAUCCCAGUGAUCAUCAUGGUGGUCACCUACACCCAGAUCUACCGCAUCGCCCACCGUCAGAUCAGAUGCAUCUCCACCCUAGAACGAGCCGCAGAGAGCGCCAAGAACCGACACAACAGCAUGGGAGAAGGCGGCGGAGAAUCCAGUAUCUCCGAAUCAGAGAGCUCGUUCAAGAUGGCGUUCAAACGGGAGACAAAGGUCCUGAAGACGCUGACUCUGAUUGUGGGCGUGUUCGUGUGCUGCUGGCUGCCCUUCUUCAUCCUGAACUGCAUGGUGCCGUUCUGUGAGCCUUCGCCCCGCGGUGCCGCCGCCUCCUUCACCUGUAUCAGCCCCACUAUGUUUGAUGUGUUUGUGUGGUUCGGGUGGGCCAACUCUUCCAUCAACCCCAUCAUAUACGCCUUCAACCCAGACUUCCGCAAAGCAUUCUCUAUCCUCCUGGGCUGCCACAGAUUCUGUCCCGGAGAUCACGGCAUGGGCGCGUUCAGUCUCAAUAAGAAGUGAGCUCAGAGCCUCAGAAUUCCCUGUGGUAGUAAUAAAUAACAUACAUGGAAAACAUCUGCUGAGACACUGGUCUCAGAAGAGGAUCUACAGUACCAGCUGUCAUGAACGUCAGAGAACUAUAGCAUGCCAUCGUCUGGUGCAUUGUAUCGCCAUAAGCAAGCAGAGUAAGCACUACAACCUUGGUGUAAAAGGUUUGUUGUUGUCAUUGAGGGUGCCGCCACCUUGUGCAGUGUCACUGGGCAUAACAUACAGUAUGAUCUGAAAUGGCACUGCAAUAAGAGUCGAGUGACCCUUUGCAGUGUCCCUGACUGUGCAGUACAUUUAGUGACACAUUGUCUCUGUGGAGUAGAUACUACAGUGAGUCAGGGCCCCAGACUCCGACCCAGUGAUGCUUUAUUGUGUAUUUUACAGAAUGUUAAAAAGAGGUCACUUUCUUACAAACGUUUUGAGAUGUAAUACAGUACUUCAAGAAAAUAUAUUAUUCUUUACAAUGCAAACAGUAACUUUGAUUGUGUUGUUGUUAAAGUCCAUACCAAUACUGCUAUUGUUUUAAUUGAUGGGGAACACCAAAUGACGGUUAACUGAAUAAUCGUUCUAAUGAUGGUAAUGAAAUUCAGAAAGCUUAAGGCUAUUUCAUAACAAACAUCAAUUUAAUUUGGACUGCCAUUUUAAAUCCCUCUCCAAAGUGUUUUACCUUAUUAAUGAGCUACUCAUCUUGCAUUGUGUCUGUGGCUUUUCCAAAGCAAUGCCAGGUGUCCCAACAAGCUCUCAUAGUCUCACUGCAGAAUGAGACGUUCAGCCACGUUCUCCAAACGUCGAAGUGUUUUUCCUGCUCCUGCUGCUUUGUAUCAUUCCAUUUCUCCAAACGUCAACUUUCGAAGUUAAGGGUUAAGUUUAAGCACUCAUUUGGAAUGGUUAAUGAUUAAGGUUUGGGAAAGGGUUCAAACAUUAAGUUUAGGCACUCAUUCUGAAUGGUUAAGGUAAGGGUUAAGGUUUAGGAUAGGGUUCAAAUGUUAAGUUUAGGCACUCAUUCUGAAUGGUUAAGGUAAGGGUUAAGGUUUGGGAUAGGGAUAAAACAUUAAGUUUAGGCACUCAUUCUGAAUGGUUAAGGUAAGGGUUAAGGUUUUGGAUAGGGGUCAAACGUUAAGUUUAGGCACUCAUUCUGAAUGGUUAAGGUAAGGGUUAAGGUUUAGGAUAGGGUUCAAACGUUAAGUUUAGGCACUCAUUCUGAAUGGUUAAGGUAAGGGUUAAGGUUUGGGAUAGGGAUAAAACAUUAAGUUUAGGCACUCAUUCUGAAUGGUUAAGGUAAGGGUUAAGGUUUUGGAUAGGGGUCAAACGUUAAGUUUAGGCACUCAUUCUGAAUGGUUAAGGUAAGGGUUAAGGUUUGGGAUAGGGAUAAAACAUUAAGUUUAGGCACUCAUUCUGAAUGGUUAAGGUAAGGGUUAAGGUUUAGGAUAGGGUUCAAACGUUAAGUUUAGGCACUCAUUCUGAAUGGUUAAGGUAAGGGUUAAGGUUUGGGAUAGGGAUAAAACAUUAAGUUUAGGCACUCAUUCUGAAUGGUUAAGGUAAGGGUUAAGGUUUUGGAUAGGGGUCAAACGUUAAGUUUAGGCACUCAUUCUGAAUGGUUAAGGUAAGGGUUAAGGUUUGGGAUAGGGAUAAAACAUUAAGUUUAGGCACUCAUUCUGAAUGGUUAAGGUAAGGGUUAAGGUUUAGGAUAGGGUUAAAACAUUAAGUUUAGUCACUCAUUCUGAAUGGUUAAGGUAAGGGUUAAGGUUUAGGAUAGGGUUCAAACAUUAAGUUUAGACACUCAUUCUGAAUGGUUAAGGUAAGGGUUAAGGUUUAGGAUAGGGUUCAAACAUUAAGUUUAGUCACUCAUUCUGAAUGGUUAAGGUAAGGUUUAGGAUAGGGUUAAAACAUUAAUUUAGACACUAACAUGCUGACCAGAACGCUCGAGCCAUCGCACGCAUAAUGAUUUUGUCCACCCACACCAGAUGUGAUCAGGACAAGCAGGUUGAAAUAUCAAAACGAACUCUGAACCAACUAUAUUAAUUUGGGAACAGGUCGAAAAGCAUUAAACAUUUAUGACAAUUUAGAAAGCUAACUAGCUUGCUGUUGCUAGUGAAUUUGUCCUGGUAUAUAAUCAUUAAGGAUGGAUAUCGUUAAGAUUUUAACGGUAUUACUACUCUUAGCGAUACUGCUUAUCGAUCUGGUACUUUAACGGUAUUCUUAUCGGUUAUUUUUGUUCUUUUUUAUGAAAAAAACCCGAAACAAAUUAAGAACAGAAUUAACAUUGCCUUAUUUUCUGAAAUGUAAACAAUUAUUUACAGCAAAAGAAACAGCAAUAGUUUUCAACCCCUCACUAACCCGGACGACGCUAGAGCAAUUGUGCAUCGCCCCACGGACCUCCCGGUCGCGGCCGGUUACGACAGAGCCUGGGCGCGGACCCAGAGUCUCUGGUGGCACAGCUGGCGCUGCAGUACAGCGCCCUUAACCAUUGCGCCUCCCGGGGGGCCCAGAAACAACAAUGUUUGAACAAAUCACUAUUAUAGA